AUGGAAACCACUAAUAUUGUAACAGAUGCUCCUAAUGUUGGAGAGCAUGGACAAACUAAGAUUGAUUAUUAUGACUUGAAAUUAAAGUAUAAGAACUUAAAGAAUGAAGUUGGUAUGUUAGAAAAGAAAAAGAAAGUAUACGAAAAGCAUAAUGUCCCUACAGAAGAUAAAGAAAUGCUCGAUAAUGAAAUUACCACAAAACAAAAUGAACUUCAACAAGCUAAAACUAUGUACAAAGAGAAAAAGUCUCAAAGAAUGAAGGAAAUUUUCCAUAGGUCAGCAUAA